AUGGGAACAGUAACACCAACACUUAUACCUCGACUCCCAGCUAUACCGCUGUUCUUACCGAAAGUGCCAACUCCGCAUCCGAUGCCUUUGCCUCCGUACUCUAAUUCAUCAUCGGGGAUGGGAAUGGGGAUGGAAGGAAGGAGGAACUUGAGGAUGGAGAUGGAGGAGUUGAGUGAGGAGGAGGAAGAAGUUGAGAUGCAGUGGAAAGACGCAGUACAAACGCGAGGGUUCACGCAUUUACGAGUUAUUGGGAGGUUACUUACGAGGCAGGAGGAGAAGAAUGAUCAGGCGGAAACGGACACGGACGAGUCCGGUUCGGCACAUUCUGGAGAAGGGGACCAGAUGUCUGGUGUUAACGAGGGUGAGAACCCGUCUGAGCAGGAGCAGGAAGGUGAAGCCGACAAUGACGGUGAAGCUGAUGGUGACGUUGAUGUAGAGGGUGAAGGAGAAGGAGAGGGGGAGGAGCAGGAAGAACACGAUUUGGACGCGAGUAUGGAGGAUUUGGACGAUGAUGGGCGGAAUGUGAAUGGGACUUCUUUUGAUGUUUCGGAGGGAGAUGUGGAUGCGGAGGAGGGGGACGAGGAUGUUGAGCUAUAA